GAUGAGAUACAUCGCUGAUAUCGUCAAUGCUGACAAGAUGUCAGGGAGGAGCAGGAAGUACAAGAUUAUCUUCAGCCCCCAGAAGUUCUAUGCCUGCGAGAUGGUGCUGGAGGAAGAGGGAGUCUUUGGCGACGUCACCUGCGAUGAAUGGUCCUUCUACCUGCUCCCCCUGGACGAGGACAUCAUCAGCAUGGAGCUGCCCGAGUUCUUCCGCGACUACUUCCUGGAGGGAGAUCACCGCUGGAUCAACUCCGUUGCUCGAGCCCUGCAGUUACUGAACUCCCUGUACGGACCUUUCGGCAAAGCCUAUGGGAUUGGCAGGUGUGCCAAGGGCGGGCAGCGAGGGUGGGCAGGGGAGGAGCAGCGAGCGGGAGGGCAGCCUGGGCCCACUCUCGUUGCAGACACGGACUACGUGACAGCGCUGUGCUCUCAGGUGGUGUACGAGGGGCUAGUGGACGACACCUUCCGCAUCAAGUGCGGGAGCGUGGAUUUUGGGCCAGACGUCACCUCUUCUGACAAGAGUAUUAAGGUGCUGCUCAAUGCCCAGGACAAAGUCUUCAGCCAGAUUCGGAAUGAGCACUUCUCCAGUGUGUUUGGCUUCCUGAGCCAGAAGUCGCGUAACCUGCAGGCACAAUAUGACCGGCGCCGCAGCAUGGACAUCAAGCAGAUGAAGAACUUUGUCUCUCAGGAACUGAAGGGACUAAAGCAAGAGCAUCGCCUGCUGAGCCUGCAUAUUGGCGCCUGCGAGUCCAUCAUGAAAAAGAAAACCAAGCAGGACUUCCAGGAGAUGAUCAAGGCUGAACAUUCUCUGCUGGAGGGCUUCGACAUCCGUGAGAGCACCAGCUUCAUAGAGGAGCACAUUGACCGUCAGGUGUCCCCCAUCGAGAGCCUGCGCCUGAUGUGCCUCCUGUCCAUCACAGAGAACGGUCUCAUCCCCAAAGACUACCGCUCCCUGAAAACCCAGUACCUGCAGAGCUACGGGCCUGAGCACUUGCUGACCUUCCACAACCUCAAACGCAUCGGGCUGCUGACCGAGCAGUCGGCUGGAGAGACCCUGACUGCUGUGGAGAGCAAAGUCAGCAAGCUGGUGACGGACCGCGCUGCAGGAAAGAUCACAGAUGCGUUUAAUUCUUUGGCCAGGAAGAGCAAUUUUCGAGCCAUAAGCAAGAAGCUGGGGUUGAUCCCCCGGGUGGAUGGAGAGUAUGACUUGAAAAUGCCUCGGGACAUGGCUUAUGUUUUCAGCGGAGCCUACAUCCCCCUGAGCUGCAAGAUCAUUGAGCAGGUGCUGGAGCGCCGGGGCUGGCUGGGCCUGGGG